AAAAGUAACGACGCGGCUACUUCUAUUUUGUUUUGUUCUCUUUAAUUUCGUAGAGAGGGGGGAGGGAGAGAGAGAACAAGAAGAAGAAGAAAAGGGGGGAAGACUGAGAGAGGACUUAAUGAUUUCGUUUGAUUCCUGUUCCUUCUAUGACAUCUGCAGCUAUGGUGCUGGAGUUGCUGGGAAUAUUUUUGCUUUUGUGCUCUUUGUCUCACCAAUACCCACGUUCAGAAGAAUUGUUAGAAAUCAUUCCACUGAGCAGUUCUCGGGGUUGCCUUACGUAUACGCCCUCUUGAACUGCUUGAUCUGCUUCUGGUAUGCUCUCCCUUGUGUAUCUCAUGGUGUUUUCUUGGUUGCGACAGUGAAUUCAGUUGGAGCAGUUUUCCAACUAGUCUAUGUCAUGUUUUUCAUUGUAUUCGCCGAUAACACCAAAAAGCUGAAGAUGUCUGGAUCCCUAGUAGCAGUUUUUGUUGCUUUCUUCCUUAUUAUGUAUUCUAGUCUUUACGUGUUUGAUAAAGAGACGAGGCAUAUGUUUGUCGGAUAUUUGACCAUCGCUUCUCUUAUUUCAAUGUUUGCAUCUCCAUUAUCCAUCAUUAGAUUGGUGAUUCGGACAAAGAGCGUUGAGUUCAUGCCUUUCUAUCUAUCAUUAGCGACGUUCUUGAUGAGCAUCUCAUUUUUUGCGUACGGGAUGUUACUUGAUGACUUCUUCAUAUAUAUCCCUAAUGGAAUCGGAUCAAUCUUGGGUGUCAUACAGUUAUUGUUGUAUGCCUAUUACAGUAGGAAAUCCAGAGACGAUUCUAGAUUACCAUUGAUUGUGUCAUAUCAAUGAUUCGGCGUAUAAUAAGUUUUCCUCGUGAAUUUCAUCAUUCUCUAGUUAUUCUUUCAUAUAUUCUUUUUUUGCGUUGUCAUUAAAAUUUAGUUUGCAGAGAACAAUUUCUUUCUGUGAAAGUUGUAUAGAGUGCACGUCUUGUAAUGCCUUUUUUGUUGAUUAAGCAUUUGAAGAUGAUCA